AUGCCCACCUACUGCCCACUUCUUGCCACCCACCUGCACAUCUACUGCCCCCCUCCUGCCCACACUACCCACCUCCUACCCUCCUACUGCCCACUUCCUGAACACCUGCGAUCCCCCUCCUGCCUCCUGCCCACCUGCAACCCCCCUCCUGGCUCCCACUGCCCAUCUCCUGCCCACCUUCUACCCACCUCCUGCCUCCCACUGCCCACCUCCUGCUCACCUUCUACCCACCUCCUGGCCCCCUACUGCCCAUUUCUGCUGCCCACCUGCGAACCCACUCCUUCUUCCUACUGGUCACCUUCUACCCACCUUCUAACCCACUACUGCCCACCUCCUGCCCACCUGUGA